AUGGGUCAUAAGAAAGUUGUUGCAGACGACCUUUUAGCCGACAUCCCUGAUACUGUCACCGCACAACCAGCACCAUCCCAGCCUCAGCCAAAGUCGAAACCAAAAAAGUUGAAGAAAGCCCAACCCAAGGCAACGGCUUCCCCCAUUACCAUCGAGGACAAGUCGGUUAGAGCUAGCGACAACGUUGAUGAUAUUGAAGUCGGCGUUGCCCUCUCCACGGCGUUGCUCCUUCUCCAAGAUCUCAAUCGCAACGCCGAGAUGAACGAGUAUGAGAACUUCGCUCUAAUGUUGCAGCACUCCGUACAAGCGAUCCAACAUGGCCACUCCUUCGCAAUGCAUGCCUUUAACAUUAAGAAGGAGUUAGCAAAUAAGACCAAGGAGGCUACCGGCUUGCAAAGGACCAUAAACAAGGCUGAGGCCAAGAUGAAGACUUUAAUAAACCAAGCCGAGGAAGCCAAAAGAGCUAAGGAUGAGGCCGAGGAAAAGGCAGAUGCUGCAGAGGCCAUCGCCAAGGCCCUUGAGGCCGAAAAGAAUGAGGCCCAAGUAAAAACUGUCGAAGCCCAGGCCGAGCUCCGAGCUGCCUUGUCCACAAAGGAAGCCGAGAUCAAAGUGAUUGAUGAAAAGGCAUACACCGAGGGGGCAGCCGACGUCAAGGAGGAUUAUAAGAAACAACCUCGUCCUGCCAUUCCCCACUCUCAAAGCCAGUCUGAGGACGAAGCUGAGUCCGAGGAUGACACUGAGGUCGAAAAGAACAAAGAGGCUGCUGGGGCCAAGUCCCCAACUCUGAAUGAGCAAGUUCUAGACUUGACUCAUGAUGAGGAGGACGAGGUCUCAAAGGGUGACUCUGCUGAGAAGACAUCAUCCGAGGCGCCUAUCGCCGAGAAGAGCCUCGACGAGACUCUUAAAGAGAUCGACCCCAAGCUUACGACUGAGAAGGCCGCCGAGAAGAGUUCCCAGAUAUCCUUUGAGCCCCAAACCCAACCAGCUAAUGACGCCAAAUAG